AUGCAGACAGCCUGUUCCAGAAGCCAUGUGGGGGUUAUCGAUACGCUUCUCGACCGACGGCCAGAGCAAUUUGAAGUUAGCCUAGAAGUCUCCAUGGCAGCCGCACGGAAUGGCAAAAGCGGCGAGCAGGUAAUGCGUCGGCUGUUCACAAGAUGCGGACGGCAGGUUCCAGUCACUACCGAAGUGCUGGUGGCAGCCGCAGGAAAUUGGGACGGGGGAGAACAACUUAUAGAACUCCUCUGCAACAAAACUGAGAAGAUCACAAUCAACUCGGAAGUAUUGAUGGCAGCAGCAGCGAAUAGGAAGACGGGCGAGCGGGUGCUGCUCUGCCUGAAAAAGAGAUUUAGGCCACUGGACUUAUCUGAGCUGAAGAACUUGAUCACCCCAGAAGUGGUGGUCGCUGCCGCACGGAACUGGGAUAGGGGGAAGGUAAUGGGACUUCUCCUGAACUGGAAUCAGGACAUCAUAGUCACUCGUGCUAUCCUGGUAGCCGCAGCCGAGAACUGGGGAAGUGGUGCCCAGCUGAUGAAGGUUCUUCUUGGCCAUCCAAAGCAACAGCAUAUCUCAAUCCCCCGAGAGGUGGUGAUAGCGGCAGCCGGAAAUAAGGGGUGUGGGAAGAGCGUUAUGGAGCUUCUCCUCGAGCACGACAAAGCACUUAAAAUCACCCCUGAGGUUGUCGUGACCGCUGCGGGAAAUUGGGGGAAUGGUGAACAAGUCAUAGAGCUGCUUCUGGGCCGGAUCAGUUCGGGAGUUCUGACUCCACGAGUGGUGGUAGCAGCAGCCGGGAACUGGGCGAGUGGGGAAGAGGUCUUGAGACUACUACUGGCCAAGUAUGCUCACAGCGUCCCUAUUACGAAUGAGGUGAUAGCGGCCGCGGCUGGAAACUGGGGAAGCGGCAAGCAAGUGAUGGAGCUUUUGAUCCAGACCUGCGGUCAGCAAAUCCGUAUACCUCCUGAAGCUGUGGUGGCAGCAGCCGGGAGCUGGGAUAAUGGUGAGCAGGUAUUGAUGCUUCUCUUACAGGAAUGUGCAUCAAUCAUCCCAAUUACUUGCGGAGCCCUGAUAGCUGCAGCACGAAAUUGGAAGAGUGGGGAGCAGGUGAUGAAACUCCUUCUCAACCAAGUGCCAGGGGACCUUCCAACGACCCCUGAGGUCCUAGUGGCCGCGGCAGCAGGAAAUUGGGGCAGUGGUGUGCGAGUAAUAGAAUUUCUUCUUGCCCAGCUGGGACCGAAUAUCACGAUUACGCGGAGGGCAGUCACAGCAGCCGUCAGGAACAAGGGAAGUGGCAAAGAAGUGCUGAAGCUUUUCCUCGAUCGACACGAGCAAGGGCUGCAAAUCAGCGCUGAUCUGGUCACAGACAUUGAGCAGCACCUGUGA